AUGAGUCGUUUGAGCUGGAAUCUUGCCAUCGGUAUUGGCACAGCCACAGUGCUGUCUAUGGUGCGGCUUCGCCGUGCAGCAUACUCAAAUCUAUCCCGGCGCGUGCUUCCUCCUAUUCUCGAGAAACGGUCCAAGAUGGUCCCAUUUGGUGCGGUCACGGGCCAAAAUCGAGGCUUGAACCCGAUGAAGCCUAUCUUGUACUUAGAAGACCCGUAUUUUUACGUUCGAGAUGACGAUCGCAAGAAUAAAGAGGUGAUUGAACAUCUGCGUAAAGAGAAUGAGUAUACAGCUAUUAAGACGCAACACCUUGCGAAUGUGCGUAGCAACAUCUACAACGAGUUGCUGUCACACGUGCAGGAGACGGACGAGGAUUAUCCACACCCGCACGGCAACUACUUGUAUUAUAAUCGAACAGUGAAGGGUAGUAGCUAUGUUUACCACUGUCGCAAGUUAAAAAUUGAGAAUGCUCCGGAAGAGUUGCUGCUGGAUGAAAAUGAAAUUGCCAAAGGCCACAGUUACUGUCAGGUGACCAAUGUCUGCCCAAGUCCCGAUCAUCGCUAUCUGGCUUAUAUGGUUGACUUUUGUGGCUACGAAACGUAUACUGGCUAUGUAAAGGACCUUAAGACGGGAGAGUUGCUGGCUGACUGUAUUAAAAAUAUUUCUAGUUUGCGCUGGGGGAAGAACGCCUUCGUAAUUUACUAUGCCACACAGGACGAAGCUCACCGACAAAAUAAACUUUGGCGCCACAAUGUGGGAAGCACAGAUGCAAACGAACUGCUGUAUACAGAAGACGAUGAAAUUUACAGUGCCUACUUCCAGAAAUCUCGUAGUGGCAAAUACAUGUUUUUGCUUUCCUCUAGCAGCGAAACUAGCGAAGUGUCUUUUAUCGACUUAGACCAUCCUUCAAAGCCACCACAGCUGAUUGCUCACCGGCAAAAGGGAUUGAUUUAUGAAGUGGAUCAUUUUGCGGACAGUUUUUACAUUGUGACGAACAAGGACAACGCUACAAACUUUAAGUUGAUGAGGGCGCCCGUGACAUCACCAUCGCCUGAACAAUGGGUUGACGUGUUUCCGUACGAUAAAAGCGUUAAAGUAGACAGUAUUGACUGUUUCAAGGAUUUUAUGGUCAUGGAAGGUCGCCAGGGCGGCUACUCUCAACUCUGGAUCAUUAAUCGGGAGGUGGGUGAUAAGCAUUCUCGCCAACAGAUCACUUUCAAGGAGUCAAGCUACACUGUUUCCAGCUCUAUUAAUCGUGACUUUGACACCGACAAGUAUCGAUUCAAUUACUCUUCGAUGACUACCCCCUGGACAACUUUUGACUACGAUACCAACACCCGCGAAUCCAAGCUAUUAAAAGAGAAGCCUGUUCCCAAUUAUGACCAUUCCCUUUACAAAACUGAGCGCUUGGAAGCGGAAGCAAGCGACGGAAAAAUGGUGCCUAUCUCACUUGUGUACCGUUCCGAUAUGCGCUCGCAAGAUCGCCAGCCACUGCAUUUAUACGGUUACGGCUCCUAUGAAAUUUCAAUUGACCCAAGCUUUGUCUCCUCGAUCUUGCCCUUGCUGGAUCGAGGUGUAAUUUACGCAAUUGCACAUAUCCGUGGUGGUGGAGAGAUGGGCCGAACGUGGUACGAGGAUGCGAAGUACAAAAAGAAGAUCAACACUUUUACAGAUUUUAUCAGCUGCGCUGAGCAUUUAAUAAACACUGGGUAUACGAGUCCCAGCAAGAUGACGUGUGAAGGCCGAAGCGCUGGUGGACUACUUAUGGGCGCAGUGUUGAACAUGCGCCCAGACCUUUUCACGGCUGCUAUCGCUGGGGUGCCUUUUGUGGAUGUGAUGAACACCAUGAGCGACGCCUCGAUUCCGCUGACGACUGGAGAAUGGGAGGAAUGGGGAAAUCCAAACGAGCGAGCUUACUUCGAAUACAUGCUCAGUUACUCGCCAUAUGAAAAUGUGAAUAAGCAAGCGUACCCAAACAUUUUGGUGACGAGUGGGUUGUACGAUCCACGUGUGGCAUAUUGGGAGCCCGUCAAAUGGGUCGCUAAGUUGCGUGAUAUGAAGAGCGACCAGAACGAUGUGCUGCUAAAAAUGGAUUUGUCAUCGGGUCACUUCAGCGCAAGCGAUCGGUACCACUAUUUGAAGGAGAAGGCUUUUGAUCUGGCGUACCUGUUGGAUCAGAUGAAAGCAAUCAGGGAAGAUGACAGGAAGACACCUAAAGCUACUGUAAAUGUGUGA